AUGGAAUUGAGAUGGUAAUAACAAUGAUGAAAGGGGUCCGUUGCAAAUGGCGGGUCUCCUCUUUCUCCCUCUCUUCACAAAACAACAUAAUACAGAUCCCCAACAUCACCAAUCUCCAUACCAUUUGUUUAUUACAUUCUAAUACAACAUCUUCUUUUUUCCCUUUUCUUUUAUUAAAUUAAAAUCAAAGAUCUCUCUCUCUCCCCCCUCUGUUCUGAUCUUCCUCUUGCAUGCAACCUCUACGCUCUCAUUUCUCUCUCAUUCUCACGCUUCAUUAUGCGACACCAUCAUCGACCCUGAACCAUGGGCUGCGGAGGCUCCAAGGUGGAGGACUUCCCCGCCGUCGCUCUCUGCAGAGAGCGAAAGGGGUUCCUGAAGGCCGCAUCCAACCAACGCUACGCUCUCGCCGCUGCACACGUCGCAUACUUCCAUUCACUCAGGGAAAUCGGCGACGCCCUUCGCAAUUUCGUCGACCAAGACCUCUUACUCCCCGCCGGUUCCUCCUCUCCGGUUCUCACAUUACCCUCCGAUGAAGGAAAACCCAAAACCAAGAACAACAAGCUCUCCUCUUCUUCCCCUUCCAUUUCCCACCCCGAUUCUCCUUCCCCUCAGGGUUCCCACUUGCACCUAUCUUCUGGAUCCGAGUUCAGUUCUCCUUCUCCUUCCCCUUCCCCUUCUUCCCAUCACCUUCACAUUCACCAUAGCCCCGACCCUGACCCCGCCCUUCACCCUGACCCAUCACCUUCUUCAUUUUCUCACCCUCCCUAUGGAUACUAUGAAAAUUACCAAUACGCUCACUACAUGAAGAGUUCUGCUCCUCGUGGGAAAUCCAUGGUCUACCAAGAACCGGAGAGGCACGUGGCAACAACUGGUCAAUGGUUCCAGGAUCCUAGUUCUUAUGGUUAUGGCAACGGUGGUUUCUAUGGGUUUCCCGGUGGGGAUUACAAUUAUUAUCCUCCUUCGGGACCGGGACCGGGACCGUCGACGCCUUCUCCCCCUCCGGCGCCGCCCUCGCCGCCGAGAGUGUCCACUUGGGAUUUCCUCAACUUCUUUGAGUCCUUGGAUAACGGGUACCCGGGUUACCUCAACGGGUUCGGGUCGAGAGCGAGUAGUCCCGAUUCGAAGGAGGUGAGGGAGAGAGAAGGGAUCCCGGAACUAGAAGACGAAACGGAGCAUGAAAUAGUGAAAGAGGUUCCUUCGAAGGAGAAGAAAAAGGUGGGAGAAGAAAAGGGUUUUGGUAAAGGAAGAGAUUUCGGGGAAGGUCCUUCGAAUUCGAAGGCAGUGCCGUUGCAACAAGUGAGUAGCAGUGAGGGAAGUUCAAAGACGGUGAGGUUCCAUGACAGUGAUGAAAAUUCACAGAUCAAAAGCAGUCCCGAGACUGUUGUUUCUGAUGGGUCUCCUGAAACGAAGAAAAGGGUGAGUUUUGAGGCUGAGGUUGAUGAAGCUACGGUUACGACGGUGGAUGGUGAGUCCUCCAUUUUGAGUAGCGUAACCACUUUGUCUGCACAUGGCACAAGGGACCUAAGAGAGGUUGUUCAGGAAAUUAGAGAUGAGUUUGUCACUGCUUCUGAUUAUGGGAAAGAGGUUGCUUUGCUGCUUGAGGUUUGCAAACCGCCUUAUCGACCCAGGGUCGCUGCAUUUAGAGUUAUCUUUUCCAGAAUCUUACAGAUGGUAGCACCUUCCAGGUUACCAUUGCAUCCUCUAUCUGGACCGCCAAUACAAUUUUCUUCUAGGGAAAUGAAAUUGGCUCAAGCAUACUGUGGGGAACCUGGGAAAGACAAUCCAGAAAAUCUUUCAUCUACAUUGGAGAAACUUUAUGCAUGGGAAAAGAAAUUGUAUAAGGAAGUUAAGGAUGAAGAGAGGUUACGUGCUGUUUAUGAGAAACAAUACAAGAGACUGAAAACAUUGGAUAAUCAAGGAGCUGAAUCUAGUAAAAUUGAUUCUACUAGGGCAUCGAUAAGAAAGUUGCAAACAAAAAUUAAUAUUUGCAUCAGAACUGCUGAAACUAUAAUGGGAAGGAUACAUAAAUUGAGGGAUAAUGAAUUGCAGCCUCAACUUGCAGCAUUGAUUAAUGGAUUCAUAAGAAUGUGGAAGUUCAUGCUCAAAUGUCACCAGAAACAGUUCCAAGCUAUCAUGGAGAGUAAAAGUCAAUCUCUGAGGAUUAACAUUGGUCUGCAAAGAGAUGAUGGUCUGAAGGCCAUCUUAGAUCUUGAAAAGGAGCUUUUGAAUUGGUGCAAUCAGUUCAACAAUUGGGUUAAGACUCAAAAAUCUUAUGUCGAGAAUUUGAAUGAGUGGCUCAUCAGGUGCCUUCCUAAUGAACCUGAAGAAACAGCUGAUGGUAUUGUCCCUUUCUCUCCAAGUCGGAUUGAGGCUCCACCAGUUUUCAUAAUUUGUAAUGAUUGGCAUCAAGCAAUGACUAGAAUUUCAGAAAGAGGAGUGGCGGCUGCCAUGCAUGAAUUUGCUCUAAAACUACAUGAAUUAUGGGAGAGGCAAGAUGAGGAGCAACGCCAGAGAAUCAAAGCAGAGUAUCUCACAAAGGACUUUGAGAAACAGCUUAAAACUUUGCACACGCAAAUGGGAGGCACAGAACAUGAGCAUGAUAAAGUUUCAGGAAAAACUGCACUGUCGAAGCUUGCUUCUGAUAGUGGCGUUUCCCCACUAGAUGAUCUAAAGGUGGACUUGGAUUCUAUGAAGAAGAGAUUGCAUGAAGAGAGGACCAGGCAUAAAGAAGCCAUCAAACUUGUUCGGGAUGCUGCUUCUAACAGUUUACAAGCUGGUUUGAUUCCCAUUUUUAAGACAUUAGAAAGUUUCACUUCAGAAGUGGUGAAAGCUCAUGAGCAAGUUAGGCUUCAAAAUGCUGAGGACUCAUAGAGAUGCGGUCUACUUUGCUUCUUUUGAUGUCUUGUGAUUGCAUUUACUAGUGUGGAUUGAUUGGGAGGUUUAGAGAGUACGUGGAAGAUUUAGAACUAACCACCAGUUUUGCAGCUAGAAUUAGUCUUAUUCUGUAGGAAAGCACCUCAUAAAUUAUCCUAGAGAGGUUUGCUUGGAACAAGUUUAAGAGACAAAGGGUUUGGGUGCCUAAAUGUCACGAGUGGCCAUCUUGAAUUAAGCUCCUGUAAAACCCAACCUACAGUUAGGUGAAAAUUGUACAGAAAAAAAAUUCAUUUAUUGGUUGAUUGGUUGAUUGGUUGUAGCCUUGUAGGUGAUUGUAUAUGUUGCAUAUGCCUAGGAGUAGGAUCUUAUCAGGAGGAAGCAGGGGGUUUUAGUACAAGUUUCGAGAAUGAUCUAGAGAAUUAAAAUCUGCUUUAAUUUCCCUGCAGUUUUGGCUUCUUUCCUCUUCUCUACUAUUCUAUUGUGCUGAUUCUGCCUAAUUCUGAAGCUAAAUGGCCGCUCCACAUCAUUAAAUUGUGGUACACAUUAUUUGAACUGCAAAUUCAGUACUUUUUCCUUGAAUUCAUGGUAUGUAAUAUUAGUGCACUCAGAUAAAUUAUUCCAAUUUAAAUAUUGUCAAUGCUCUUAGCAUUUUAAGUUAGUCUAAUAAAUUUCUCCGCUAGUGUUGCGUUCUCUGG